GAACGAUUCGGAAUGCAAUUUGUGCGCGCGUGGCAAGCGCUGUUCGCUCGUCGGUGCAAGGCCCCGAAGAGAAAUUCUUGGAGCCCGAGUGUCACUUUUAUCUUCCCCCCCCCUGCCCGCGCUCAAACUUAAUAAGUACACAGACGCUGCGAGGCGGUUACAAGAAGAGUAAGCAAGCGAAUAAAUAAAUUAAUAAGUAAGCAACUUACAUAAAUACAUCAGCGCCAUCCCCCGCGAUCCACCCAUCUUCUCGCCGUUGCCAUCUCUGCGCCUCGUGGCGCCCGACACGCGGCCCACGAGCGGGGAGACCAACUCGGCCAAGUUCCCUGCGUGAGCGGCUGUGGAUUGGCGCCGCCGGCAGCCACGGCGACUAGCGAGCUACGGGCUCUGAGGACAAAACAAUCAGGAGACCCCCAAGGGCGCGUACACCUGGCACCAUGAUGCUGAAAAGUGGCGAUAGCAGAGCGCGGUUGUUUGGCGAGGAGAGCUUGGAGAGACUCGGGCUGCUGGAGAGCAGCCAACGGCUCAAGCCGCAGGAGGCGCAGAACUACCGGCGCAAGGCGCUCGUCGUCUCGUGGCUGUCCAUCUUCAUCACGCUCGCCCUCGCCGUCGCCGCCUUCACGGUGUCUGCUAUGCGCUCCAGUGCGUCAGCGUUUGGAUUUGGCUUCGACGCUCUACUCGACGUGCUGUCCUCUGCUAUCGUGGCGUGGCGCUACAGCAACGCGGCGGCCGUGCACUCUGCCAUGCGGGAGUACAUGGCGUGCGUGGUGCUGGGCGUCGUGUUCAUCAUCUCGUCGCUGUGCAUCGAGGGCAAGGCCAUCCACGACCUGGCCGUCAAGAUGCUCCCAGACGUGGACACUUUCCUGUUCACGGUGUCCAUCCUGAGCGGGGUGCUGUGCCUCCUCCUUGCGGCUGGCAAGUUCCUGCUGGGCAGGGUGCUCACGAGUUGCGCCCUCAUCACGGACGGGUUCAACUCGCUCGUGGGUGCCGUGAUGGGCUUCAGCAUCCUGGCCAGCGCCGAGGUGUUCAACCACUUCCCCGACAUCUGGUACUUGGACGGCUCCACGGGGGUUCUCAUGGGACUCGUCAUCUUUGGCUACGGCGUCAAGCUGCUGGUGGACAUGGUGCCUCGGGUACGGCGCGCACGGCUCUACGAGAACCUCGGCUGAUGGCGGAGGAGGCGCAGUGGAGGCUGCGCUCGGCACGCACUCUCAGACGACGCUCGUGAAUUUGUAUCGGCAGCCACCGAGGAGAUCCAUGGAGGUCACGCCCUCGAUUGGGACACAAGCAAACACAACGUAUGCCGCUGGUCAAAGUGCUUCUGUGGAGAACGCGUGCGGUAUUCAUCUCGAGUUUCAAAUUCCUGCCUUGUCUUUUCCCCGUACACGCAAAUUGGCGUUCUACACCUGGAGUUGAAUGCCAGCUGUGCCAGGUAUUCCUUGAGACUGCGCGAGCGAUUGGUGCUCGAGGCUUCUCGGGCAGCAAGUGGUUCUUGUUACCCAGUCGAAGGUGACUCUGUGUCAGCUCAAGCGUGGAUUCUCACAGCACAUGUUAUCUAUGAACUACUGGCUGAUGUGCACUUUUUAACACUUCCAUGUUAAGGUUAAGGGAGUUUAAAUAUUAAGCUCAGAGGUUAAAGAUUAAGGAACAAAGCAAUGGUACUGAAGGAUGGACAUGCCUCUUCUUGAAAUGUUUCCUCGAUUCUUAAGUUUGACGAUGGUCGUCGUUUUCAAAGCGACGUUCGACCACACGUGAAGCGCCGUGGUCGCAACAAAUCACGCCUCUCUCUCAAAAUAUCUCUCUACCUUUAGUUUUCUAGUUUCUUUUGUUUUUGUUUUCUAGUUUCUUUUCUUUUCUAGCAGACCAGUGGGGCCUCAGCCGAUGGUCCGUGGGCCACUGGCGGUCUGAAAAGCCGUGGGAAGUGGUUUGCGGGACCGUUGCAGGGCUGGCAGUGGUCUGUAUGUUCAGGAAGUUGGGGAAGCACUGGCGUAAAUUAAAAACCGAAGAAUAUAAUUUGUAGCUGACUUACGAGACGUCCAGAGGAUUCUAAAAAGUACGAUUUUAUUUUGUGUAUGUUUGCACAUGGGUAGUAUUGUUGUAUACAACUGUAAUAAAAUAGCAAUGUCUCUUCUUUUCCUAAGCGGAAUGCUGAGAUGCCUGGUGAUGUGUGCAAGUUGUAAGGGGAGAAAGGUGGCAGAUUAGAGAAAGUAGAACUCGGAUUGUGAGAGUGAAGCCGAACACAAAUAACAAAACACUCACCGCGCCCGUCGAUACCGCUGUGUGGCACUUAAAAGCAAAACAAAAAUCUAUAAUCGGCAACGUUUUGGGAAGUGGGCUCCCUUUAUAGCACAUGAAUGAGAGGUCAGAGAGUGGAUAAGAGAUGGAGACUGCACUUUACACCAUGGGGCCUAAUAGGAAUUAGAAAAGAUACAUGUUUUCAAUUGGCAUAUGAAUCGUUAAUUAACUGAGUAACAACCACUUCAACAAUAAAACAUGUAUAUGACGAUAUAAAGCCAUUUGUAUCGCAUCACACUGCUCAGCUCGCAGAGUUCUAUCCACGCCAGAGACAAAGACCCCCCCACCCCCGUACAGCUUUUGACAGGCUGUAGGGGCAAGUGCUGUUAGCGGGCACCUCUGAGGGCUGACACGGCACACGAGGGGGUGGGUGGCCAACACCACGCCCGGCUGCCUUUGUCUCCUGAGUGGCGAUGUUUACACACCGCACCAGGUACUCAGUUGAGGCCGAGUCGACCUUGAGGAGGCCCAGGAUCGAUUAAAAUAAUCGUCACUGGUGUUGGCCGUGAGCGGGAAUCAAACUUGGAUCGACGGGUUCAUCGCGCGCUGCGCUACCCGCGACACGACUGCACCCACACCACACGCAAUCAGAUGCGCACAUUCACUCAUUUGUAGACCCACAUACAAGGCAUUUCAUGAGUUUUUGUAGUUAAUGUAAGUCCGAUGUUAUCUCAAU